AUGUUGAUUUUUGUGGUUAUUGUAGGAAUUGUAUUUUUUAUUACCAGCAGUGUUUGGUAUCUAAUGACCGCCAUUAUCGGUUCACAGUGCAAGAAUAGUGAAGCCGACCACGACGACGACGGAGAGAAUCGAGUGUCGGACUUCGAUUAUAUUCAACUUUACCAAUACAUUCACGACUUUUGUUGUAAUAAAUCAUUAUAUACGAAUCGUCCAGGACCUGUUUGUCCAUUUCUACCAGUGGCAUUCAAGAAAGACUGCAUCUAUUUCUUCGAUGAUAUUUACAGUGCCAACAAGCAACAGUUAAUUCAAACAGUGAGAAGAUGUCGACACGAUUUCCUUUCUAUGUUGAAACCGACCGAAUAUGAAGACAGAAGCUUAGUGGUUUAUAAAUGCUUGAUUAUUCUCGUCCGAUCUACCUCGAUCUCACAUCGUUUAAUCGAUCAAGUGGAAAUAGAAUUGAAACCGGAAUUCGUAUUAAAAUACGGACUGAUGCUUGGUGAAUUUCAUUUAUCGUCGAACUCGCCCGCUAUCAAAAACCAAGAUUUUUAUCCUUUACGCACUCAAGUGCCAUUGUUAGUGAUACGUUACUUAGUGGCAAAUGACAUUCUAUUUUUGAAUCAAAAAGACAGAUAUUCGGAAGAUUUACGUCUGAACUUUAUCAAAACAUACUUCGAUUUGAAGAAAAAAGGAUUGCUACAUUCCACAAAAGAUCAUCAUCUAUCCAUAGCGAAAGAAAUAUUUAAUGAAUUAAAUAAUAAGAAUAAAAAAUAG